AUGGGAUUGUUUGAUUACUUCUUCUCAUCCUCCUCCAAAAAACCACAAGCAUCCUCAACCUCUGACCCUUCUGGUUUCGCCAAAUCCACCGCUGAGGUACCAAAGUACGACAACAAUGGUUCUCUCGUGUUUCAAAACAACAAGAUCCUUGCCAUGAACGACGAUAAGGAGGAUGGCUUCAUCCAAGUCGAUUUCCGCAAAUUGUCCUACGCUGAAGUGGCUGCUUUGAAAUCAUCUUCAUUAGGACCAACCAGCGAGGGCCCUGGGUCCAAAGCAAGUGGCGGCUCAUCGGAUAAGUCAUCCAUGGCGGUUGAUAUCGACAAAGACUUGGGUACUGAUAUCACGGACUAUCAAUUAGCAGAAAUGUUACAGAAACAAAUGAACAACGACGUCAUUGAAGACCAAAUCUUGGCUCAUCAAGCUUUUUUGAACCAAGGAAACUCCAUUGAUAAUUUGAAUGAUUUUGCCGAUGCGUUUGACGGUAAGUUAGAAAAUGCUAAGACCAACAAGUCCAAGAAUAAGACCAAGGUUAGAAGAAAGAGUCAUGGCAACCAAGUCAAACAUGCCGUGUGA